AUGGCACUGGCCCUCUUGUGUCACCUCCCACUGAUGGCCCUGUCCCUGUCCCCAGCCAUGUCCCUAUCCAGCCCUUCAGAUCCAGACAGCCCUGGGGUGCAGCGAUGUCCCAGUGUCACCGAUGUCCCUGAGGACCUGGAGGAGCCGAAGGUGUGCGCUGUGUGCGGGGACCGCGCCACCGGGUACCACUUCCAUGUGAUGAGCUGUGAAGGGUGCAAAGGGUUCUUCAGACACGUGUGGGGCACAGUGAUCAUGUCAGAGGAGGCCGUGGGCCGCCGCCGGGCACUGAGGCUGCAGCGGAGGUUGGCAAAGGCACAGCCUGGGGGGCUGACGGAGGAGCAGCAGGAGCUCAUCAGCAUCCUCAUCGCCGCUCACAAACGCACCUUCGACUCCAGCUUCUCCCAGUUCCAGCACUACCAGCCCGCUGUGCGUCUCUGCAUCCCCGACCUGUGCUCCCAGAGCCCACCGAGACCGGGCGUCCCUUCAGCCCCACAGUUGGAUGAGGACGUGCUGCCUGACGUCUUCUCCAUGCUGCCCCACUUCGCUGACCUCAGCACCUUCAUGAUCCAGCAGGUCAUCAAAUUUGCCAAGGAGAUCCCAGCGUUCAGGGGGCUGCCCAUCGAUGACCAGAUCUCACUGCUCAAGGGAGCCACGCUGGGAAUUUGCCAGAUCCAGUUCAACACGGUGUUCAAUGAGGAGACCAAUGCCUGGGAGUGCGGGCAGCACUGCUUCACCAUUGAGGAUGGAGCUCUGGCUGGCUUCCAGCAGAUCUACCUGGAACCACUGCUUAAAUUCCACAUCAGCCUGAAAAAGCUGCGGCUGCACGAGGCUGAGUACGUCCUGCUGCUGGCCAUGCUGCUCUUCUCACCAGACCACGCCAGCGUCACCCAGCGAGAUUUCAUUGACCAGCUGCAGGAGAAGGUGGCUCUCACGCUCAAGAGCUACAUCGACCACCAGCACCCCAUGCCAGAGGGCAGGUUCCUCUAUGCCAAACUCCUGCUGCUGCUGACGGAGCUGCAGACCCUGAAGAUGGAGAACACACGGCAGAUCCUCCACAUCCAGGACCUCUCCAGCAUGACGCCGCUGCUCUCCGAAAUCAUCAGCUGAAGGACAGCGA